UCUCUUGAGCGACGUUCUCCUGAAAAGCACUUAUCUCCGCUCCUCUGUCGUUUGAUCGCUGCGUGGCUCCAUCGGAGCGCCAGCCAAUCAGACGUGGCCGCCGGCCACCUGCAGGAAGUCUGCCGUCCACUUAUCUCCUCCCUCCGCCGCCUGCAGCCAGAUAACAGCAACAGUUGGAUCAGGCACCAGCGAGUGCCACGCCGCAAACCGAUGGACACCCAAACAGAGUAACGGCCCCGCUCCGCCGCACCACAAACACGGCUGCGCGUCUGAGCCGAGCUUCCCGCAGAUGCUCGGUGGCAUGUGAAGAGCUUCUCGUGAUUCUACCGUCGCUAAAGAGGAAGGGCAGCAGGGAGGCGCGGGAGGGACGCGGCUUUCCGUUGAUCCAGCUCGAGCGCGCGCACCGGGCGAAGCGGCAUCAUGAGCGUCCCGCUGUACGCACCGACUCCCGUCCAGCCGGCGCACCCCACUCCCUUCUACAUCGAGGACAUUCUAGGGAGGACCGCCGCCACUACCGCCUCCUCUCACUCUUCCUCCUUGUCCGCCGCAUCAUCAUCAUCAUCAUCCUCAUCCACCCCGGUCAUCCCCACGCCGACUCUCCCUUCGCCCAACUCCUCGUUCAGCAGCUUCAUCUCGCCCUAUCGGACGCCGAUUUACGAACCCACGCCGAUUCACCCGGCGCUGUCGCACCACGCCGCCGCCGCGCUGACGGCGACUUACGCCUCCAGCGGGGCUUUCGCCGGUCACGUCUACCCGUUCCAUCACCAGCACCACCGCUCCAUGGGGGAGUACGCACAGGCGCUGCUGAGGCACGACCCUCUCGGCAAGCCUCUGCUGUGGACUCCCUUCAUCCAGCGGCCUUUGCAUAAAAGGAAAGGCGGUCAGGUCCGGUUCUCCAACGACCAGACUAUCGAGCUGGAGAAGAAGUUCGAGACGCAGAAAUACUUGUCACCUCCGGAGAGGAAACGACUGGCAAAGAUGCUGCAGCUCAGCGAGAGACAGGUGAAAACCUGGUUCCAAAAUCGACGAGCGAAGUGGAGGAGACUGAAACAGGAGAAUCCUCACGGAGGCAAGAGGGAGGCGGCGGACGACACUGCAGUGGGCAGGAGUAACAAUAAGGGCGACGAGGCGACGGAGCCCGCCGGGACCCCGAACCCGGAGCUGCGACAGACGGUCCCGGCCUCUGAGCUGACGCCGCCGGGCCGCCGUGCGCCCUCCGCGUCCCCGCAACCGUCCCACACGGAGCUGGACUCUGACGUGUCGGAUGAUACGGACCGGGAGCUGGAUAUAGAGGACGACGACGACGAGUUUACACUGAAGCGCCAGUUCUGAACCAAGAAACUGUUUCUGACACUUGAGCCUGGUCGUUUUAGCCCAGAAUGAUCCCGCAGUGCCUUAAACGCAGCGCUGUCAUCGCUACUUUAAAUGUCGUUUUGUAUAUAACUGUAGUUUUGUUCUACUGUGUUGAUUAUAUCCGUGUUGUUCUUGUAAGUGAGCCCUGUUUCCAUUAGUUUAUCUCUACUGUAUGUUAUUUUAGGUGAUACACGCUCAUAGGCCACUGCCUUAAAUAUGACCUUCUAAUAAAUAAAGUAGCGCAAAAUCACAUUUGUUGGAUGGUAUCGAGGAAACUAAGAUUUCAGUGACUUAAGACCACAAUGAGUUUCUUUUUAUAAUUUAACUUAUGUAAUGUGUCCAGUGAUAAUAUUUAAAUUACAAAAAGGAAAGCUAAACAAAUAAAACCAAUAAAAAAACAAGCUAAAAACAAACAAGCCUAUGAUAUUCAUAGUUUUAAAUGCCAACAUUUAAUGGGUUGAAUGCAACACGAAAACCGAAAUAAAGAAGCGAAUUCAGCUUAAACUGUUUUGUUUAAUUGUCAGAACUAAUGAAAAUGUAACAAGCAUUGUUUAGUUAAGUAUUUUCCUCAACUCAUUAAAUUAAAAUGAACGUUGUUAGAA